AUGAAGUCCAUCCUCCCCCUCCUCGCCUCCGCCCCCCUGGCCCUCGCCUGGCUCCCAGGCAUCGAGAAAGACAUCUACACCAGCAAAGGGUCCAACAUCUUCCACCCAGCCAGCAACAACAACAAACGCACCCUCCCAGGCUCCAACAAAGUCCGCGGCGUCAACCUCGGCAGCCACUUCGUGUUCGAGCCCUGGAUCUCCAACAGCGCCUGGACCGAUCUCGGGUGCAGCGGCCAAAACUCCGAAUUCGACUGCGUGCUGAAACUCGGCCAGGAUGCCGCCGAUAAGGCCUUUGCGAGCCAUUGGGGGUCGUGGAUCACGCAGGAUGAUAUUAGCCAGAUGCGCGAGUACGGUCUGAAUACAGUACGGAUUCCGGUUGGGUACUGGAUUAAGGAGGACCUCGUGUAUGAGGAUUCAGAGCAUUUCCCGCGCGGUGGAUUGAAGUACCUAGAGGAUGUUUGUGGCUGGGCGAGUGAUGCGGGCAUGUAUAUCAUUAUGGACCUGCACGGUGCACCUGGUGCGCAGCAGCCUGAGCAGCCGUUUACGGGGCAGUACGCCGACACCCCCGGGUUCUACCAGGACUUCCAGUACGACCGCGCACUGGAGUGGAUUGAGUGGAUGACCAAGACCAUCCACCAGAACGACAAGUUCCGCAACGUGGGCAUGAUCGAGCUCGUGAAUGAACCUACCCAGGAUGCAGGCGAAGCGUCCAGCAUGCGCUCAAGCUACUAUCCCGAUGCAUUCAAGCGCAUCCGCGACACCGAAACCUCCCUCUCCGUCUCCUCAGACAGCUACCUGCACGUCCAAAUGAUGAACGAGAAAUGGGGUUCCGGCGACCCAACCGAGUCCCUACCCGACACUUCCAACGCCGCGUACGACGACCACCGCUACCUGAAGUGGGACUCGAGCGUCGACGUAAGCCAGGACAGCUACAUUAGCGCCUCGUGCAACGACGACCGCGGCGGGAAUACACCUACUAUCGUCGGCGAGUGGAGUUUGAGUGUCCCUGACGACGUGGAGGGGUCUUCGGACUGGGAGCCCGAGGGGAAUACGGACUUUUAUGCCCGGUGGUUUGCGGCGCAGGUGAUUGCGUAUGAGAAGCAGUUGGGAUGGGUGUUUUGGACUUGGAAGGCGGAGUUGGGUGAUUAUCGGUGGUCUUAUAAGGAUGCUGUUGAUGCUGGUGUUAUUCCGAAGGAUUUGGAUGGCAUCUAUGACAACUCGCCUUGUUAG